AUGUGGCUAAUCCUACUACCUUUAGUUCUGUACAGUUCUUGCACCUCGAGUCAGGUCCUUUAUCCUCCGCAGUACACCAACAAUCGCAUUGUGGGCGGCGAGGAAGCCCCCGAGGGCAUGGCUCCCUACCAGAUUUCCCUGCAGGGAGCUGGAAGUGGAGCCCAUUCCUGCGGAGGCGCGAUCAUCGAUGAGCGGUGGAUUAUAACGGCGGCUCACUGUACCAGAGGCAGACAUGCGUCGGCUUUUCGAGUCCUCACGGGCACCCAGGACCUGCAUCAUAAUGGUUCCAAGUAUUAUUAUCCCGACAGGAUCGUGGAGCACAGCAAUUACGCGCCUCGCAAGUAUCGCAAUGACAUAGCCUUGCUGCAUCUCAACGAGUCGAUUGUGUUCGACAACGCCACCCAGCCGGUGGAACUGGACCAUGAGGCCCUGGUUCCCGGCUCCCGGCUGCUCUUAACUGGCUGGGGCACCCUGUCACUGGGCGGAGAUGUCCCCGCCCGCCUGCAGAGUCUGGAGGUCAACUAUGUGCCCUUCGAGCAGUGUCGAGCGGCCCACGAUAAUAGCACCCGGGUGGAUAUUGGCCACGUUUGCACCUUUAACGAUAAGGGACGAGGAGCCUGUCACGGCGAUUCGGGUGGCCCUUUGGUCCACAACGGCAAACUGGUGGCCCUGGUCAAUUGGGGACUGCCCUGUGCUAAGGGUUAUCCAGAUGCCCAUGCUUCCAUUUCUUACUAUCAUGACUUUAUACGCACUCAUCUUAGUCUUUCUAGGAAGGGUAGCGCCGAUGAGAAUACAGAGGAGGUGAUAGUUGUCGAGGAUUAAGAUCUAGAAU